AUGAACGAGGCGCUGGAAAAUCAAUUGCAGUUAGUGCGGUCGAUCGAACGUUCGCUCGAUAAUUUUAAAAAAAUCGGGAAGAACAACUACACGUCCGCGAAAAUUCGAAGUCGAAUCAGUGCCUUGAAAGAAGUGUGGGCUCACUUUCGGCACGGCCAUGCCGCCCUCCGAAGCAUGGUCCCGGUGGCCGACCGGAAAUCGAUCGAGUACUUCAACUCCAAUGUCUACGAGGUGUGCGAGGACAUCUUCCUCAGUACCUCGGACUAUAUGGCAGAGUGUUUGGAGGAGGUAGCCCCUACUGUAAGUCAAAAUCAAUCCACUAUUCUGGAGAACUCCAUACCAGGAUCAUCAACCUCAUUUUCGUUGGCACAUCUGCCUCCAAUCAAUCUCCCGCCGUUCAGUGGAAAAUAUGAAGAGUGGGAGAGCUUCCGCGAUCGCUUCACCGCGCUUAUUAUAGACAAUGACGAACUUUCAAAUUUUGCGCGCAUGCACUUCCUUAUAUCCUGUUUAAAGGAUCGUGCUCUCGAAUGCGUUCAAAAUUUACCCGUAACUGCGGAUAAUUUCAAAGUUGCGUGGGCCGCGCUUAAAUCGCGUUUUGAAUGCACGCGUCGUUUGAUAAAUGUACAUCUCAUGUCAUUGUUGAAUCUACCGAGCGUACAGCGCGAGUCCGCUCUCGAGCUGCAGAGUAUGCGGGAUAAAACUAACGCCGCUAUUGCCGCGCUAACGAAUUUAAAACGACAACCCGCGGACCUGUGGAACGAUAUGUUCGUGUGUCUCGUCUCACAGAAACUCGAUUCCGUUACCCGAAAAGCGUGGAACUUAAGAUUGAGCGACGCGACUACAUUACCGUCCUUUACAUCACUCAGCGAAUUCCUGGACACGCGCGUUCGAGCCCUUGAGGAACUGAGGCUCUCCUCCGCUUCCGCGGACAAAUCGAAGAAACCCUCAACCUCCCUCAAGGUCACGAGCGCGACGGCCAGCGCUAAAACGCCAAUAAAAUGCUCAUUAUGUCAAGCCAAUCAUUUUAUUAACUCAUGUCCGCAAUUCACAAAGAAGAAUUCGAGCCAGCGUCGCGACUUUGUUAAAUCAGACGGUCGAUGUUUCAACUGCCUCAGCAAAGGUCACGCUAUUCAAAACUGCCCAAGUAAAUACACUUGCCGACAAUGUCACAAGAAGCAUCACACGCUCCUUCACGAUGACUCGAAUUCUUCUGUGAAACUCGACGAGACUCCGCCGUCGAACCAAACCGAAACGGUCGUAGAAACGAGGGCCGUUGCCGUCAGCUCGUUGUGCGCGUCCGCUCAGCAAGAUCGGCGAUCUUGCAUUCUUUUAGCGACCGCGUGGGUGACCGUGAGUGCUCCCUCAGGUCGCGCCGUCGAGGUCCGAACCCUCCUCGAUCAAGGUUCAGAGGUAACCUUCGUGACUGAACGACUCGCGCAAGCGUUGUACUUGAAGCGGCUCCGAAUGCCGACUUCAAUCUCCGCCGUCGGCGGCGUCAAGGUUGGAACAUGCCGACACGCCGCGCAUGUUACGAUCUCUCCGCGGAGUGCGUCGACUCCUAAGCUCUCGACCACUGCGUUGAUCCUCAAUACUUUAACGGCGUAUUCGCCGAAACGCCUUCCCGCGGAAUCAGUCCUUGACCAGCUCCAGGAUCUCUCGUGGGCAGACAACGACCCCAUGAGCUCGGCGCCCAUAGAUAUUCUGCUCGGUGCGGACGUGUACGGCGAUAUAAUUUUGAGCGGGCUUCGCAAAACGACGGUCGGACGGCCUAUCGCGCAGGAGUCGAUUUUUGGUUGGGUGAUCUCCGGGCCCGUCUCGUGUCCCGAACUCUCGUCUCAAACCAAGUCAGACGAAAAGAGUGCAGGGCGCAUCUGCGCUCAAAUUACCUCACUUCAUUGCUCCCACGAUCUGUCGCUAGAUCGAGAACUCAGACAGUUCUGGGAGGUCGAGGAAGUUCCUCAACACACCGCGUACGGUCCUGAGGAGGAGAGGUGCGAGGAUCACUUUCGCUCCACGCACUCUCGUCUCUCAGACGGCCGCUACGUUGUCCGGCUUCCGUUCCGAACGGGUCCGCCCAUCGCGAUCGGCGAAUCGUAUCGCAUAGCAGAAACGCGUCUCAAUGCAUUGCUCCGACGCCUUCGGACGAACGCGGAUCACGAAAAGGAAUAUUCCGAAUUUCUUCAAGAAUAUGAAAACCUCGGGCAUCUGCAAAAGGUGACAAAUCCCCGAUCGCCAGACACUCAAUGCGUGUUCAUUCCACACCAUCACGUCAUCCGCGAUCAUAGUUCGACCACGCAUUUACGUGUCGUUUUUAACGCGUCCAGUGCCACUACAAACGGCUCCUCCCUUAAUGAUCAUCUCCUGGCCGGACCAAAGCUACAAACGGAUCUCCCCGCGAUUAUUCUGCAAUGGCGCCUAUUCAAAUACGUCUACACCGCUGACAUUACAAAAAUGUAUCGGCAGAUUUUAGUCGAUCCUCGCGAUACCACUUAUCAGCGAAUUCUCUGGAAGACUCGCGAUUCUGACCGACCAAGCGAAUUCAAACUGCUAACGGUUACCUAUGGCACGGCUUGCGCACCGUUUCUCGCGCUGCGCGUUAUUAAACAGUUGAUCGCGGACGAAG